AUGCUGCAGACGAAGCUGAACUCUCCGGACGGCCUGAGCCAAUACGCUUUCUACUCAGGCCUCGAUUCAGCCUCAACGACGGUGCGCAUCUCGGACUCCCUCACAGUCAACCUGACGCAGGAGCCUUGCAACAGUCAGUUCGGCUUUGAACUGGCCAACAUGAGCAAUCAAAUGCAACCGGUUUUUGCAUUCGACUUUUAUCUGCUCGACAUCUUCGCGAAUGGGGGUUUGGUCAACGUGAGUCCGGUCAACCGAGCCAACUGGCCGCUCUACACAAUAGACUCUCUGAAAUCUGUCGCCUGGCCGAACAAUUCUACAGGCCCUGGACGAGACAGCUGUUUCGACGUCUUCUGUCAGACCGGUAGGUCGUCUGAUGGUGGAAACCUGUUCUCCGCUUGUGUCUUUCCUGAGUUUGCUAUGGUUGUCCGAUAG